CCUCCGCAGCGUUCGGACGUGCCUCCGCGCCGCGCGGUCACACCUGUGGCUCAAAACCAAAUAGCACCAAAAACCGCGAGUUCGAUUCAGGAUUACAGUGUAUAGUGAAUGAAGUGUUAGUGAAUUUUUUUUAUCAAUGAACAAGUUUUACACUUGACCGGUUUUUUGGUCCGGUUUAUUUCAUCUUGGACAUCCGUUGCGACCAGUUUGGACCGUGGGAAUUUUGCUGACGUCAGAAAAAGCACAGCACAAUGCGAUGACUAAAAUACAAUUCUAGUGAAUUAGUUUAGUUUUUAGGGAUAUUGCCAAAGAUUAAACAAAAAGUAGUGUAACUCUGCCAGCGGAUAGUGUGAACAAAAAUGUGUACUCGAUUAUAAGUGACGUUUGGAACGCUAUGUGCUGUGAACUAUUCCAAAAUGUGUCCCAAAUUAGGCAUUGCAGUCGCCGUUAUGUGUGCACUCUCGGCGGUGAGUGGCGCGCAGCAGCAGUACUUCCGCGUGUCCCCGCGAAGCCUGCGCGUGCAGGAAGGCUCGGAGGCGGUGCUGGAGUGCGCUGUGGCGAACCUGGGCGGGCAGGUGCAGUGGGCUAAAGAUGGAUUUGCACUUGGCUACUCGUCAGUGAUCCCCGGCUAUGCGCGCUACACCAUGUUCGGAGACCGUCGGCAUGGGGUCUACAACCUGCGCAUCGUCAACGUCACACUGGAGGACGAGGCCGAGUACCAGUGCCAAGUCGGCCCCGCACCCAAGCACAAGGUCAUCCGUGCGAACGCCUCGCUCUCUGUUAUAUCCCCCCCAAACGCAGUGGAGAUAGUCAAUCACCCCCACAACGACAAACUGGAGAUGAAAGAGGGUGAAGAUGUGGUGCUGGAGUGCCAGGUGAAGAACGCCAAACCGGCAGCCAAGAUUGUGUGGUAUCGAGGAAACCAGGAGAUGAAGGGAGACAAAGUAUCAAGAGAGGAAGUAAAGGAAGUGGAGGGACCCACCGGUAAUCCGAAAUCGACAAGAUACACGACUAUAUCCAGGGUCCACUUCAAAGCGACAGCAGACGACGACUACGCAGACUUCACGUGCGAAGCGAAGCACGAAGCGUUGCAGCGCGACACGCCCAUGCGAAGCACUGUGCAGCUCAGCGUUCAAUAUCCUCCUGGCGCCCCCUACAUCGAGGGUUACGCAGAAGGAGAGACAGUGCGACGGGGUCAGAGCCUCGAACUGGUCUGCCGAAGUCAGGGGGGCAACCCUCCGGCGCAGCUGAUAUGGUACAAGAACGGGGAGCAGAUUCGAAUGGCUUACAGAACAAGCGGACGACUGUCUGAGAGCGUGCUGUCGUUCAAGGCAGACGCGUCCGACAACAAGGCGCGCUACACGUGCGAGGCCAAGAGCGUCAUGAUCAGCAACACGCUCAAAGCCGAGAUCGACCUCACCGUGCUCUUCGCCCCCCUCCACGUGACAAUCUCCGGCCCCUCGGAAGCGCGCGUGGGAGACCCCGUGCCCCUCAGCUGCAGCACCGCCCCCUCCAACCCCGCCGCAGACAUCAAGUGGCUGGUGUUGGGCAAACACCAUCGAGACGCCAGCAACAGGACCUUUAUAUCUCCUGAAGGUGGCUGGAUCACCACGUCCAACAUAACGGUGGUGGUGGAACCGAACCGGCGCUCCGUGGUCGUGGUCUGCCACGGCAUCAAUGGUCAGCUGACGGAGAAUGUGGUGGCCACACACACCAUUAACGUGCUAUAUCCCCCGUCGGCGCCCAUGAUCACCGGCUACAUCCCUGGCACCACGCUGUCGGCGGGCACGGUGCAGAAGCUGGCCUGUAUCUCCUCUGGCGGCAACCCUUUGGCCACGUUGACGUGGUUCAAGAAUGACAAAAAGAUACAUUCAACAACGAAAACGACGGACAAAUCGGUGGCGGCGGAGAUAUCCAUCCUGACCAACGUGACGGACAACCAAGCGCAGUACCGCUGUGAAGCGACCAAUAGCGCCACCGAGAUACCGCUCUUCGAGACUGUCACGCUCAACGUGCACUUUGCACCAGAAACCGUGAAAGUGCGGGCGGAACCAGAAGUGCUUAAGCCGGGAAUCGAAGCCACGCUCUUCUGCGACUCUGCGUCCAGUAACCCACCAGCCAAGCUGUCGUGGUGGCGCGAUGGUAUCCCUGUGGAAGCAGGCAAGCCGUCCAAUGUAAAGACGGGUCUACACGGCGGCACGGUGUCCACCAUAGAGCUGAAGCUCAACAUCACGCGGCACCUCAACGGCGCGGUGUACACGUGCCAGGCCAUGAACGAGGCCUUGCAGCGCAGUGUGCACGACGCCUUAGUCCUCAAAGUACUCUAUGCCCCUAUCUUCGACGAGACGAGCCAGUACAGCACCGUGGGGGUGGAGAACGAGCCGCUGGUCAUCAUGCUGCGAGCUGACGGCAACCCUGGCAGCAUAACGUACACCUGGACCAAGGACGGGCUGCCUAUCACACAGUCUACCUACAGCAGUGCCAGCGACAGAAUAAUCUCAGAAGGCAGCAUGCUGAAUAUGACGCGACUGUCGCGUCACGACGCGGGCAUUUACACUUGCGAGGCUGUCAACGCGCAGGGCGCCGCCACUGUUAACAUCACCGUUAAUGUACAUUACCCGGCAGGUAUAAAGGCCGUGUCGCAAAGCGCCGUAUCCAGCCCCAACGAAAACGCGAUCCUCUCAUGCACCGCUACUGGAAACCCCUUAACAGCAGAGCACAUAAAAUGGGCACGCAAAGGCUACGACCUCUCGUCAGCCACCAUCACCUUCGAGCCGAGGAAUCGAACCAGCUACCUCCUGAUAGAACGCGCCACUCGGGAAGACGUCGGCAAGUUCCAGUGCAUCGUCAACAAUGGCAUCGCUGGAGACACGAGGAGGGAUGUCAUGCUUGUGGUUAAAUUUAAACCCGAAAUGGACAACUCUCCUAACUUGGUCAAAUCUGCAUCCAAUGCUGGUCAAGUCGGAAGGUUAACUUGCCGAUGCAAGGCGGCGCCAGCACCAAACUUCACGUGGUCCAAGAACGGCGUGAAGUUGCCCGUCAACACGUCCACCAAGUACUUCGCCGAGUACCACAAGUCCGACGCCAUCACCUACACGUCGGUGCUGCUGGUCAACGACGUUGGCACCGCUGACUACGGCUCGUACGAGUGCGGCGCGAGGAACGACCUGGGCUUUAGCUCCACAUCUGUCAAACUUGACGUCACUAGCGCACCUGAUCCAGUGACGUCAAUCACCGUGACGAACGUGACACACAACUCAGUGUCACUGCAGUGGACGCCGGGCUUCGACGGCGGACUGUUCUCGUGGUACAGGGUUCGAUAUCGUAAAAUCGUCGAGGAGUCGUACCGGUACGAGGAUGUGACGCCGAGGAACGCUACUACCUUCACCAUCCACGGGCUGGAACGAAACACGGACUAUGUCUUCUCUGUCAUGGCCAUCAACAAAAUAGGCCAGAGUAAAUACAGACCGGACGACACGAAAGCUACUACGCUUACUUCAUCAGAAGUAGGCGAGCUAAAUGUAGUUUCCACAGAGUAUGUAGAAACCGCUGACGUGUCCAAAUCCGUUGUAGUGUAUGUGUCUAUCACAGGCGCCAUUUUGGUUUUGAUAAACGCAGCUUUAGUCGCUUGUUUUGUUUUUAAAAGGCGAUCAAGACGUUUGAAAGAGCAAGCGGGGCAGUCCUCCAAGUCAGCCACAAUAGAGAUGUACGCGCCGUCCUCCUACAACGACACCAUGACCGGAGAGACGCUCAGCUCCGUGUCGGAGAAAUCGGAGACUUACUCGCAAGAUGGCGACGACAGACCCCCGCCGCCUAUACCUGAAGUGCCAAGUAUGCCUAACAGGCAUAUGUUGAAUCAGACCGACGCCUACCUCAUGGACGAGCAAGGGCUAGUCAUCCCCCCACCCCUGGACUACCCGCCGCCGAACUACGCGGUGUACGAGGGCGACCACGCGCGCACUUUGCCGCACCCUCACCGACACAAGGAUAUGAGCGGACACAGCACACUUGGACGCAGUGCCGGUAAACAGAACUACAUGCCAGCGCCGAGUCCGAUGCCGCCGCUAGAUGGCUCUUACUACAACAUGGCGUCCGACAGAUAUCUGUCCUACCCUCCGCUCAUCGGUGAAUAUUUACAGCAGCAGCAGCAAGGUCGCACGCCCACUCCGCCGCAGCAGUACUCGGUGCCCAAGCCGCACCUCAUGAAUGGAGUGCCGCCCUCGCCCUCCCACAUGAGCAGCCCGCCUCUCAACUGCGGUUUGGACGGUCUCGACCGGCAGUCGGCGGGGGGCACGCUGCGCCGACAGCGCUACGACAAGAUGGCCGUGCCGCCCCCUGACGUCACCGUGCUACACCAGGGGAACUGCAAUCAGCAUCUACCAAUGAACCAGACGCCAGCCGUGAAGCAGCCGCAGUCAAUCCUAAAAGACCCAUCCAGACACAAAUACGGGAACCAAUACGGCAGCCCGGUGUCGUCCAGCACACCACAGUCCAACUCGAGCCAAAUACUCACAGUACAAAACCUCACCUCCGACGUACCACAGUACGGUACGAUCAAAAAAGAAAACAAAAAACAAAAUGUUACAAUAGAUGAAUCAUACAUCAAACGGAGCGAAACUCAUGUUGUUUAAAUGACUUACAAUAAAGUGAAGUGACUCAGAUGUGAACGAUAAAAGUGACGUUAUAAACAAGUUGAUUUGAAAAGUGAUUGUAAGUGAAUGUGAAUCGCAAGUCGAAUCCUCUGUAAAUAAAUGAUAGACUAGUGAAAAAUUAGAUAGUUUUAAAAAUUUUUUCAUUGAAUGUGAUACCAAUGAUCGAACUUUUAAAGAGAAGUGUUAAGUGUCCACGAGUUUAGAUAGAAUUAUAAAUCUAAGACUUAAUUAACUGCCCCAAAGCCUCGAGUGUAUUUUUAAGGGAAUGAAUCUUCCUGAUGGAUUUAACGUUAAUCUAUAUUGAUGGAUUGGAGACUUUAAGAGGUAUUUAAAAUAAUUUUGAAAAUGGCUGAACAAGCAUUUUUUUAACUUAAAUUCCAGUGAAUUAUGUCCAAAAAGAUACACUCGAAACUAAUAGUUGUCGUUGAAGGAGACGGUUCAAAAACAGGUUGCAUUGUACAAAAAAAAAUGUUAAGUGAAACUUAAUUUGAAUAUUUUAUUGUCAUUGAAUUUUAUUAUUCAUUUAACAUUUUAAUAUUUAUUUUCCAAAUUAAUGUUUCAAAUACUUUAUUUUGUCUUAUUACAACUUGUAUAAUACCAAUUUAGAAAAAUGUAUUAUUUGUGUUUUGUUAAGCAAUAUCGAAACUGAGAAUUGACUGUCUCCUUUUGGGCUGAUACGUCUGGUUGUAAGAAAUAUUGUUUGACUGAAUUAUCAAUAUUACUAAAUAGUAAUUAUUUCUUUGUAAUUAGACGAUACGUCCAGACAUCUAUGUUGAUUACAAUGCAUUUGUAAUAAAGUUAAGGUGAAUUGUCAUUUUUGUCGCCCAAGAUGCAUGACUGACUGAAAUAUAAUUUCAUUGGAAAUUUUACUAAAAAUACGAAGGUUUAUUAUAAAAUAGUAGAAAUUGAAAAAAAUGAUUAUAAACUAUAACCAUUAUCAGUUCCAUAGCUACGCGUGAAUAGUUGUACGAUCUUAGUAAUUAUAUGUUGUUAAUUAAUAUAAAAAAGUGAGUUUGAUGCCUUUUAUACAAACUCUGUCAAUGUUGACAAAUUACAUUUGUAAUGAAAACGUAACAUACUGUUAAAUAGAACAUUUUUUUUUCAAAACUUUAAAAUAUGCGUAUGUAAAAUUGUGACAAUUCGCCUUAAGAGAAAUCAUGAAAAAAAAGAACUUCAAAAUCAUUUGCCAAUUAAUAAAUAUAAAUGAUUCCCUAUGAAGGAUCUCUUUUGGUUAAGUUUUUUAUUAAUGUUCUUAUAGUGAAUAUUGUUAUUGAUAGAAUUUUGAUUAUAUCUUUUUACAAAAUUUAUGGGAGAAUUUUGAAUUUGCCCUGACGGCUAGACCGUCGUUUGUUUUUAAGAAUAAUUGUUCUCGAUAUAUAUAUUGUUAAAGCUUGCCGCCCAGCGAAUGCCAUCGCGCGAGCGAAUUUUAUUUACUGUACUUGGUUUGACUAGUAUAAUAUUAUUAAGAUUGUUUAAUCUCGCUUUACCGUUUAAAAGUUGUUCAUUGUUAACUGUAUCUACUUUGUACUCGGAUUUAUUUCGUUUUUGCUUAAUUUCUCAGGACAAAUCAAAUUGCGGGUGGUUGCAUAUACGACUAAAAAGGAAUUAUGUUGUGGUUUUAGCAAUCCGUUAAGUAGCUUUAGCGAUGGUAGACACUAUGCGGCUAGCUUUAAAUCGUUUAUUGUUAUUAAAAGACUAACCAUGUCAGAAACUACAUAAAGUCGUUUUAAAAAAUAAAAUUCAAUUCCAAUAGUUUGUUUAUUUAAAAUGUUAAUUAAUUAUUUCAUAUAAAAAUCAUAAUAAUUAUUAUAUUUUUACAAUUAUUAUAUGAUUUUACUCCUUUUUCUUUCAUAUUUUUCAGACGAAACGGUAAACUAACCAAUUUGCAAUUUUUAUUGUUAAAUUUAUUAUCUCAAAUAAUAAAAAAACGUCUGUAUGAAUGUCUAAGUAAAGUGAUUUUGUAUUUCUGUAAUAUAUUAGUAACAAUUUUAAUUGUUGCAUUUCAUGAAAUGUAAAUAAUAAACGAAAUAAUACUCGAUCGCGAACUGACAAUAAAAAUAAGUUUUUAUUAAUUAUUAUUAAUUUAAAUCCCCUUGCUUACAUUAAUUGUAAAUAAAUCAUUAUUGUAAUUUUUACCUUUAAUAGCAUUUCUAUUACAAAAUUUAAUCGGUUUUAAUACAGAUACCAAAGUUUUUUAUUAAUUUUAUUCUUAAGUUAUUAAGCUACUCUUAUUUUAUUUUGUUUUCAGUUUGGUUAUUGUAACACUUUAUUUUAAGAAUAAAUUAAUUGAAGUCCAAUUGAUUGACUUUGAAUGUUAAAUCAAAAAAUUAUUCAAAAUUUCCCAAAUCCAUCCAUUGAUAAAAAUACGACUAUAUUUACAGAUGGAAAAUAUUUACUGCUACAAUUCGAAUUUAAAUAAAAAUAUCUAAUAUAUA